AACUCAGUGAUGACACAACAAUCUGACAAAGAUGCCUCUGUGAGCGAGACGACGACUCCACCAACAACUCCUGUUACUGUCAAAAAGCCGGCGCUUUGUGGAAGUUGUGAUUGUGAUGUGGAGAAGUCCACCCUUGAGGAAGAAGCAAUGGCAGCUGUUCGUGAAAAUGCAUUUGCAGUCAACUUGAUUGGUGUAAGCGAAAUGCUUCCACGUACUUCACAACUUCUCUUCAUUAAUGUAACUACAUUCGAGAAUCACACUCAUUGUAUCGAGCUCACUCAAAAGGGAUGGCGAGUUGCAUCAAAUCGCAAUGACUGCAUGAAUGGUGAUUUCCGACAACUCGAUAUUCAUACAAAGUAUUUCGAGUCACUCCAUACGCUUCUUAUGGAUAUUUCGCCACUUUUCCGUGAGACAUUCGGAUCGAAAUUGAUCUCCAAGUUGAGUGAACUGAAGAAGGAAAGAAGCGAUUCCGAUGAAUAAUUUCUCACUUCAAAUCUUCAUGUUCUACCAUUAUUACAAUUCGCAUUAUUUUCCUAGUUACAUUGCUCAAAUUUGCGUUCAAACACAUCUAAGUUUUUUUCUAGAAUAUUAAGCGGUCUUGUUACGUGGCAACUCGCGUAAUCUUGCCAACCACCGUUUUGUCUCAUUACACACUUUUAUUCCAUCCCCGUAUACUUUGUUCCGUUGUGAAGUUUUCUGUGUAUAAAGUAUGUCAAAAUUUUC